UGCAGACAUGCUUCGACAGGGAGGUCAGCCAAUCACUUUCACAAGCUGAGUUCAGAGACUUUCUGCAGCCAAUAAUAUGCGAAGAUUACAACCAGACACGCCCACUGCUGUUGACGCUUUUAUUUCGUUCCAGGAAAUUGAAGCGUUGGUUUGUUUAUGCUGGAGAGAUAGAGGUGGCUGCAGACAGAGCUGACAGCACAACAGUGUAUUACCUGCUGUUUAAAGGAUUUAGGUUGAGUACAACUGUUUCCUAAUGAGUUAUGUUUAUUUUUGUUCGUUUAUUACCUGUAUUGAGUUCUGAAACAAAGAGUCCCUUUUUCUGUUUUAUUUAAGAACUCAGACAGACUGGAGCGCAAAAGUUACUCCUUGGAAAAGUAAAACGAGUCUGCUGUUUGUUUUCUUUCAUUAUCGCUCCAGAAGAAGUGUUGAUUUUAUAUGAAUGGGAAUUCUUAAACAAAUAAUACAUUAAAAUCAAACAGGAUUCCGCUACUCGAGUCUCAAGCUAACAGUCAGUGAAGAUGGACGUCAGCGUCUCCGUGUCGUUCUUUCAAGACGAGCUCGCCUCUACCAUCGAGCACGCAGUGAAAGCGGCUGUAGACACCGUCUUGUGCCAAAUCACAAAAGUUGUCGGCGGCAAAUUCACUGAAUUCCAAAUGGAAAUGGCUGGAAAGCAGAAAGAGAAUGAAAGUCUGAAGCUGAGAUUGGAAAUAUCAGAGAGCGAGUUGAAAGCAGUGCGGGAAUGCAUGAACGCUGCAGAUGCAGACAUUAAACAACCUCUCAGAAACAUGAACCCCGACUGCAAUGAACAAGACUUUCAGAGGAGUGAGAACCAGGGAUUAUUUCAAGAUCCCACAGAGAGCCAUGCUGUGCCUAAAUCUGAAGCACAGGAGGGUCCAAGGAUAGAAGCAGUUUACCCACAAGAGGAGUCCUUUGAUCGGGAGUGGUGUGCAAGUCUAAAGCAGAUUACAGAGCUGACAUUUGUUAAAGAUGAAGAGGUCCCUCGACUGGAAUGUGUUCCUAUUAAAGAGGAAUUCUUAGAACAGGAUUGUGUCCCCAUCUCAGAGGAAGUUCCUACUGAAAACAAUGUCUGUACACUUGAGGAGAACAAGAAGCUGGGAUCCAGCCUGGGUGAUGAUUGUCCACCUGAAUGUGAACUGGGAUUUAGAGCUGCUAAAGUGAAUCUCUCAGGAAGGACUCUGUUUCUCUGUGCUGAUUGUGGGAAGAGCUUCAGUCGUUUCUCACAGCUUAAAAUCCACCAGCGCGUUCACACAGGAGAUAAACCUUAUCACUGCAAUGAGUGUGGGAGGAGUUUCACACAGUUACAAAAUCUUAAAAGACACCAGCGUCUUCAUACAGGAGAGAAGCCUUAUCACUGCACUGAGUGUGGGAAGAGAUUCACACAGUUAGGACAUCUUCAGUCACACCAGCGCAUUCACACAAGAGAGAAACCUUAUCACUGUGCUAAAUGUGGGAAGAGUUUUGCAUAUUUAAUUUCCUUGAAAAACCACCAGCGGACUCACAAAAAAUAAAUCUAAUCAAUGCAGUGAAUGUCUGAAGAGUUUCAGUCACUUAUCAAACCUUAAAAGACACCAUGAAAUUCACAGAAUAGUGAAGCCCUAUCCCUGCACUGAAUGUAGGAAGAUGUUCGGUCAGUUACAGGGUCUUGAAGGACACGAGAAAAUUCACAGAAUUUCAGCCACUUGAGGACAACUAAACACCAGGAGUACAGUUCACUAAAAUACAAAAAUAUUUACUGAAAACAAAAUGAUAAACUUGCUUGAUAAAUAGUGUUAUGUGACAUUAGUAAGCUAUGAAAUCUAUGAGUCCCUUAGUUUGAACAUGUCGCGAUUAUUAUAUGUAACUCCCCACUAGUGACCAAGUCUAGCUCUUUCAAGUCAGUGCUAAGUUUUGGUCAGUUCUUAACUUCACACCUCAAACAAUACUUUUGUUGUCCAGCUCCAGGAACCUACUACACUACGAAACCCUCUCUAUACUGUUUGGGAUUAACAUCCCCUAAACUAACGUACUACUGUUGCUCCCGAAGUCCCGGCCUCCCAGCAACUCCGGGUCACUGUGACGGUCUUGGCUGGGCCAAGCCUUCACAGGCACCAUCUUGCAGUUGAAGGGUUCCGUAUUAAUUAAUCCUGUGGAGCGCACGCUGUCCUUGAUAUCAACAAAGCACCCCUCUGUGUAGCAUGGCGGUGCAGUCGCCUUGAGCUGUGGUGCAGAUGCCUGUGCACAGCCUCCCCGGGCACGCCCCCCAGCCAAUCAGCACCUCUUGAUUAGCUCAGCACCGGGCAAGCCUACCUGCUCAACUGGUUGCCUAGCAACACAUCUUCUCUUCUGCGUCCCAGCUGCACACAUCCACGCAAGAAAUAGCGACAGGACUCUCCCUGUCACAGCUCCCUUUUGGAAUUUUUAUUCAAAUAAUUAAUUUUGUUUUAAGUAUUUUAUUUUAGAUAACAUCUAGAGGACACCAUCUUAAACUGUAGUGGACAACUCAUUGGACACAUCAUCCACAUAUUCUGCUUUACAAAAUAGUUGAAAUAAUUACUCCAGAAAUAGUCCCUUCACAUGUUGUGUUUCCCUUGCAUGAAGUGAAUCCAAAAUAAACAGAAAAAAACUUCUUGAAAGACCUUGUGCACAUGAUAUACCCUCCUUUUUAAACACAGGAAAGUCUGUGUUGCACUGUAGUUGUUCUCAGGAUGUGUUGCCUGAUCCUUUUCAUGCAUUUGUAUUAAAGUGCUGCAAGAGAAACUCUAAAUAACCAGAUUAAUAAAUAUAACAAGGAGCUGAAUUUAGUGUGCUGGAGGUGUUGUUGAGAUAGAUUAUAUAUAUAUAUAUAUAUAUAUAUAUAUAUAUAUAUAUAUAUGGGGUUUUUUACAUACUCUAUCCUGAUUGGUCAAAACAGGUCACAUGGGGGAGUAAAUAUUACAGCGUAUUCCCUUGGAUUGAAACUUUCUUUCACUAACGGGCGAAUCACUUGUAGAUAUUCAUACGCACCAGAAUUUUGGAAAAAAAACGGUAGCCAUAUUUAAAUUUAUUUACAUGACUAAGCACAUUUAAUGUAUAAUUUUGAAAAAAACAGUAGCCAUAUUUAAAUUUGCAAUAAAGAUGACUGAUGAGGUUUGUCAAAUUUGAUCUUUUGGGAAACCAAACUCGAUGAGAUUUUGGGUGAGUCUGAAUCAGACAGCAACACUUAUUCAAGUGGCGAAAAAAAAAGUAAUGCUGCUAGGCAUUGAACUUACCGAAGCACAGCUUCUGGACAUAGAAAAAGAAAAGGAAACACUGAAGUCCACUGCCUGGGCAUCGGGUGUCCUUUUUAUGCCACUGUCUGAGUAUUUCAAAAUGCAAACAUCUUUGUUACCACUGGAAACGGUACUGCAAAUCUAACAUGGAUACCUCCUGUCACUACUCCCGGACCACAAAAGGACGAUUUAAAAAAAAAAUAAUAAUAAUUGUUUUUGUCUUGGAAAAGUCUGCUGUACAAUAUUAAAUGCUGCCUGCAAACCCCCCUGUACUGCUUGUGCUGAGAAUCCUGCCGUAUACAAAAGAUAUACAUGUACAUUAGUAUUACCCAUGUCAGAUCUCAGGUCAUUUACAUAGAGGAUAAAAAGGAUUGGUCCAAGGAAUGAACCCCUGAGGUACACCCCCCCCCCCUACAUAGAGGCUGAAGUGUGGAAAUAAUCUCAUCAGAUCGUAUUGCUUGUGUUCGAUUGCUUAGCUAAUCCUUGAACCAAUCCACAGCCCUCUCACUAAAUCCUAAACCUGAUGUUUUACACAGAAUUGUAUGAUGAACAGAAUCAAAGUAAUCCAGCAACAAAACACCUAUGAAUUUACCAGUAUCCAGAGCAUGUGAUAUAUCAUUAAACACCUUGAGAACUGCAGUUUGUGUGCUGUGUUUCGAAUGGAAUCCAGGCUGGUGAGCUGCUAUGAUAUUAUUCUGUUUUAAGAAUCUUUAGCUGUUGUUUACUAAACUCUCAAAUACUUUUGCAAAAACUGGAAGUACAAAUAUAGGUCUGUAACUGUUGAAGUUUGAAUGGUCACCGUUCAAAUAGGGACAACAUGUGCAAAUUUCCAAAUUGAUGGGAUUGUAUUUGAAAUAAGAGAUUAUAUAGAUCGGCUCAUGGUUGUGCAAUAAUCCAUGCUGCUACCUUUAAAAAUAUGGCUCCAGUCCGUCUGGGCCAGCUGAUUUUUUUCUGAUCUAGACACAGUAAUAGUUUAAGUACCUUGUAUGCUUUAAUAGUACGAAAAUAAAAGGCUGUAAGCUUUUGCUGUCUUUGUUCAGCUAAAUUAGAAUCAAUGUCUGAUUGAUCCUUGGUUUUAACAGAACCGGACGACAUCUGUAUAAUAGAUUCAUCAAAUGCCAAACCAGCCCUAAUAAAAUGUUUGUUAAAACAAUCAGCAAUGUGUUGUCUCUUGGCAUAAGUGCACUCAUUAAAAGUCACCUAUUGGGGCAAAGCUGAUGAGACAUC